CCCGCGCCCCGUCCCGAGUCGGCGACUGCCCUUGUCAACCGGAGCCUGAGAAAUCAUGGCAACUGGCUCGGGCUGGGAGCGAGUGGCAGCUGCGGCAGCGGCGGCAGUUUGGUCGCGGGCCGGGGCGGCGGAGCGGCGGCGGCGGCGGCAGCACUGGCGCUGGCACCGGCCCUGAGCACCAUGCUGCGAGGCAGACCCGAGAGAGAGCUGGCGGCCUGGUGGGAGGCGGAGGCCGUGGCCGCGGCCAAAGCGCAUGCGGCGAAGGAACAGGUCCGCGUGGACCCGGGCGCAGCCGGGGAGCCGGAGGGCAAGGCGGGGGAGGAGCAGCCCAAGGAGCCGACCCCGGCGCAGCCCCGCGCGGCCGAGGAGGGCGACGCCCGCGCCCCACCGCGGCCGCCGUCCACGCUGCCCAUGUACCAGGCGAAGCCGGUGUCGGCGCAGGGCCUCUACCCGCACGGGAAGUCCAGGAGCAAGAACCGUAGCUGCAAGCGGAGCUCGGACCGGUCCGAGGAGUACUGCUCUCCGCGGCCUGUCACCGUGGACAGCUCCAAGGCCAGGACCUCCCUGGACGCCCUGAAGAUAAGCAUUCGCCAGCUCAAGUGGAAGGAGUUCCCAUUUGGCCGACGCUUGCCUUGUGACAUCUACUGGCAUGGAGUUUCAUUUCACGACAGUGACAUAUUCUCCGGUCUAGUGAACAAGUUUCCAGGCAUGACGGAGAUGGUGCGUAAAAUUACUCUGAGCAGAGCAGUAAGAAUCAUGCAGAAUCUCUUUCCUGAGGAGUACAACUUCUACCCUCGCUCAUGGAUUCUGCCUGACGAGUUCCAGCUCUUUGUGGCUCAGGUUCGAAUGGUGAAAGAUGGGGACCCCUCCUGGAAGCCCACUUUUAUUGUGAAACCUGAUAGUGGUUGUCAGGGUGACGGAAUCUACCUCAUUAAAGACCCCAGUGACAUCCGCCUGGCAGGGACCCUCCAGAGCAGGCCGGCGGUGGUCCAGGAGUACGUCUGCAAACCUCUCCUUAUCGACAAGCUCAAGUUUGAUAUCCGUCUGUAUGUCCUACUGAAGUCCUUAGAGCCCUUAGAGAUUUAUAUAGCCAAAGACGGACUCUCGCGGUUUUGCACAGAGCCCUACCAGGAGCCUCACCCCAGAAACCUGCACCACAUCUUUAUGCAUUUGACCAACUAUUCAUUGAACAUCCAUAGCGGUAAUUUUGUCCAUUCGGACAGUACCAGCACAGGCAGCAAAAGGACUUUCUCUAGCAUUCUUUGUAGGUUGUCUUCCAAGGGUGUUGACAUCAAGAAGGUCUGGUCUGAUAUCAUCUCCUUGGUGAUUAAGACUGUCAUUGCCCUGACUCCAGAGCUCAGAGUGUUCUACCAGUCGGAUAUCCCCGCAGGGAGGCCGGGGCCCACGUGCUUCCAGAUUUUAGGCUUUGACAUUCUUCUCAUGAAAAAUCUGAAGCCUAUACUACUUGAAGUAAAUGCAAACCCCAGCAUGAGAAUCGAACACGAGCAAGAACUCUCUCCAGGGGUGUUUGAGAAUGUCCCCAGCCUUGUCGACGAAGAAGUGAAAGUGGCCGUCAUCAGAGACACACUGCGUCUCAUGGACCCAUUUAAGAAGAAAAGAGAGAGCCAGUCUCAGCAGCUUGGGAAGCCGUUAGCCUCAAAGGAAGAGCCUUCUGAGAGCGAUCUGGCCAGUGCCUCGGCAGGCAGCGCCCAUCCCGAAGCCCACCUGCCCUCCAUCUGCCUCAAGCAGGUGUUCCCCAAGUAUGCAAAGCAGUUCAACCACCUGCGCCUGGUGGACAGGAUGGCAAACCUGUUUAUCCGGUUCCUGGGUAUCAAGGGGACAAUGAAGUUGGGACCAACAGGCUUUCGUACCUUCAUAAGGAACUGCAAGCUCAGUAGCAGCAGCUUGUCCAUGGCUGCCGUGGACAUCCUCUACAUUGACAUCACGAGGAGAUGGAACUCCAUGACCGUGGACCAGCGGGAUUCAGGCUCUUUCUUCGGUCUCAUGGCUGGACAACUACAAGACUUGCAGGCCUGCGGGGUGCAGCCCAACUGCUGUUGGCCAGGAAGCCGAGGAAGCCGAGGAAACUCCUGUGAACGCCGAGAUGUUGGAAGCAGCACGCUCCCAUUUGUUGAAGAAGCAUCAUUUGAGUUACUUCAGCAUCAUUCAGGCCCUACGGAGAGACUUCUGCAGACUGGUACGCUAAGGCUCGGUGGACCAUGGAGAGCAAAGCAAGACUCACUGCCAGUGGAGACAACAGUCCAGGAAGGAAUUUGCCGUCCAGGUUGGCAUGCUUGUCCGUUCCUCCAUACAGGCUGUGCCCGCACCCCCUCCCACUGGGGGCAGGGGUCCGGGAGCAGCUCCCCCUCCCCCUCCUCUGAUCGCAGGCGUCACUCAGAACACUUGUUAAACUUCAGACUCCAUGGAUUUGGAGAUAUAGAUGCAAACUCAUGAUUUCUAAAAUGUGUAUAUAUACGUGCACAUGUAUAUGUGUUUGAAUGUAUUUUUGUUGUUGUUGUUGUUUGGCUGCAUUGGGUCUUUGCUGCUGCGCGAGGGCUUUCUCUAGUUGCGGCGAGUGGGGGUUACUCUUCGUUGUGGUGUGCGGGCUUCUCUUGUUGCAGAGCAUGGGCUCUAGGCAUGCUGGCCUCAGCAGUUGCAGCAUGCGCACUUAGUAGUUCUGGCCGGCAGGCUCUAGAGCGCAGGCUCAGUAGUUGUGGCGCGUGGGCUUGGUUGCUCUGCGGCAUAUGGGAUCUUCCCCGAUCAGGAACCGAACCCUGCACUGGCAGGUGGAUUCUUAACCAUUGUGCCACCAGGGAAGUCCUGAAUGUAUAUUUGUAUACACACACACACACUCUACAUUUAUUUCCUAGCUCUGUCUGCUGAAAAGGUCAAGAAGGAAGGAUAUUCUAGCAGCUCUCAGCUCUUGGUCUGUAAUUCCAUUCCCCAGAGUUCCUCAGAGAAAUGACUAAUCCCAGAGCUGGGGCAGGGUAGGUACAUGAUGAGCCUGGGACAUCUCGUGAGGCUAGAAAGUAAGGGAAUGUUCAAAAACCACAUCGAGGGUGUGUCACAGGACACAGGCACUGGCUUGGAGGGGCUCCCAGUGGCCAAAUCUGGGAGUGUUUGAGCACCAAAACAAUCAAGUAGAGUAAUGAAUUAUAAGCCCAUAAAAACAGACAUUUACGAGCCCACACUGAUAACAGAUAAGCAAAUACAUAGGAAGAAUGGAGGACCUUUGCUACAGUAAAAUUCUGAGUCAACCAGUGAAGUGGAAGAAAUGCUAGAACUGGAAAGCCAUCCUUUGCAACCAUCCUAGUAAAGACUGGAUCACUCAAGAAUCAUUAAGGGUUGCUAAAUCUAGGGGGACGUUUUGGCAAUGAGCAGGAUAUUUGUAUGAUGUCAGACUGUCUCCCCACAGACUGCAUAUUAGUUGCAAGCAAGACCAUAAAACAAACCCCAGUAAUUAUACAGUGGAGAGAUCGGACCACACCCUGAUCGGGUGAUCAAAAUUAACAUCACCAGGGAGGGAUAGACAGGUGUCAUGUGCCUCCGGAUGUAUUACUCUAAGAAGGACUCAAUAUAUGCUCUCUGCAGUAUUUUGGCCAAGAAUGAAUAACUAGAAACUAGUCACAAGGAAACAUCAGACAAAUGCAAAACUAUUUUUAUUUAAAAGGGUGGGUGGGGGUUGGGGGAGGAAUGGUUGGUCGUAUUCGUCCAAUGUCAAUGUCAUAAAAGAUAAAGAACAGGGCUUCCCUGGUGGCGCAGUGGUUGAGAGUCCGCCUGCCGAUGCAGGGGACACGGGUUCGUGCCCCGGUCCGGGAAGAUCCCACAUGUCGCGGAGCGGCUGGGCCCGUGAGCCAUGGCCGCUGAGCCUGCGCGCCCGGAGCCUGUGCUCCGCAACGGGAGAGGCCACAGCAGUGAGAGGCCCGCGUAACACAAAAAAAAAAAAAAAAAAAAAAAAGAUAAAGAACAGUCAUAGAAAUGUUCCAGAUUAAACGAGGCUAAAGAGACACGACAGCCGAAUGCAAUCUGACCCCAGACUAGAUCCUGUGCUGGAGGGAAAAAAUAGUAUAAAAGGAUGUUACUGGUUCUACUGAGGAUGUUGGAAUGUGAAUAUUAGAUGAGAGAAAAGUCUGUAAUAGGGUUAAAUUGAGGUGGGUAACUAUACUGUGAUUAUGUAAGAGAAUAUCUCUAAUCUUAGUAAAUAUUCACUGCAGUAUUUAGGAGUAAAGGGCUGUGGCAUAAGUCACAAAAAUAGCAGUAAAUGUUCAACAUUGAUGUUGAAUACACGACUGUUUUAAUACAAAUUCAGUAACAGUGCAGUAUAAUUGUACUGUUCACGAGAAUAAGAUCGGGGCUUGGGUGCACUGUGGGGUAUGUUCUGGAGACUGGCUCUUUCCCUGGCUUGGGGGCUGGUCACCAUCCACACUGUGUGUACAGCCUCACCAGGUUGUCCAGAUUUGAGGUCCCCUGUCCACCUGCCUCUCCUGCUACCCACAGGCCCACUCUGUUAAUAGCUACCAAUGGGUGUCUGGGAAAGCAGUUUCAAUUUUGUAUAUUUAUUGUGUAUUCAGCCACUUUACUGAACCAGGAGCGUUUUUUGGUUGAUUCCCAGGGAAAUUCUAAGAAGAUGACCCUAACUUUUGUCUUUUCUGUCUCAAUAGUUUAGUUAGUUUCUUUCCUGCCUUUUUGCCUUGAAACGCAGCAGAGUCCUGCAUCUAAGUCAUUUCUUACCUCAUUGGGAAUGUCUGUUAUGUUUUAAGGAUAAUGUUGGCUAUUGACUUGAAAUAUUCUAUUUUUCAAAUAUGUUUUUAUUACAAAAGCAAAAGUAUGGUCAGAAAAAAGAAACUUAGAAAAUACUGAUUAAGCACAGAGAUGGGAGGGGGGAAUAAAAAGCCAUUUAUUAUCUCUAGGUCAGUGUUUUGUUAACACCUUGGUAUAUAUCCGUAAUAAUUAUUAUUUGAAGAUUUUAUUAGAAUAAUCAUUAUUGCUCCCAGAGCAGGUAGCAUUUAUCUAUUAUGUGUCAGUAACUAAGUGCUAAGUUUAGGGGUGACAAGCAUUAUUUCAGCAAAUCCUUACAGAAUACCUCUCUAUAGUGUAGAUACUGUUAUCCCUACUUUACAGUUAAGGAAAUUGAGACUGAGAGGACUUUCCCAAUUUACCUAAGAUCAUAGGCAAAUCAACAGCCCUUAAGGCUGAAACCCAGGUCUCCCUUAUGCCCAAGCUCUGGCUCUUACAUACACUACUAUCUCCUAAUCCAGACCUCUUUUUGCAAAUAGAUUUUUUAAAAACUAAGCCAGAAUCCUUCUGGACAUAUGAUUCUGUUAUCAGCUUUUAUACCUAAUGUAUUAUUAACAUCUUUCAAUGUCACUUAUUCUUCUUCUACAGAUGUAAUGGCUGUGUAGUGUUUUAUUAUAUGGAUAUGUUUUAUUUAUUCUUAAACAGCUCCAUAUCAAAAUAAAAGCUGGUCGUAAAAUAUUCAAACAAUAACAGGAAUAUAAAGUAGAACAUGCAAGUCCUCCCUUCCACCCUGCUGAGCACCAUUCCUUUGAGGAAGUUACUAUUAAUAGUAUAUGUUUGCUUCCACAUAGUUCUUCUAUGUAACUUAUUAUAUGUGAUGUAAUUUAUUUAAUUUUCUUUAAAGGAAUGGGUAUACCAAUCUACUGCUUGCCUUUCAUACAUAAUAUAUGAUGACCAUCAUUCCAAAUCUAUUCAUCCUUUUUUAAUAUGAUUUUUAAAAUUGAACUAUAAUUGAUUUACAAUACUGUUAAUUUUAGGUGUACAGAAAGUGAUUCAGUUAUAUGUAUGUGUGUGUGUAUAUACAAUAUGUAUACAUUCUUUUUCAGAUUCUUUUCCAUCAUUGGUUAUUACAAGAUAUUCAAGACAGUUGCCUAUGCUAUUCAGUAAAUAUAUAUAUAUAUAUAUAUAUAUGUAUCAUCUUUAUCCAUUCAUCCAUUGAUGGACACUUAGGUGUCCACUUAGGUGGCUCCCAUGUCUUGGUUUUUGUCAAUAGUGCUGCUAUGAACAUUGGGGUGCAUGUAUCUUUUCUUUUUAAAAAAUUUUUGUAGCUGAUUUACAGUGUUGUGUUAGUUUCAGGUGUACAGCAAAGUGAUUCAGUCAUACAUAUAAAAUAUAUAUACAUAUAUAUAAUAUUCAUUUAUUUGUAUAAUUUCUUUUUCAGAUUCUUUUCCGUCAUAGAUUAUUACAAGUUAUAGAAUAUAGUUCCCUGUGCUAUACAGUAGGUCCUUGUUGCUUAUCUAUUUUAUAUAUAGUAGUGUGUAUCUGCUAAUCCCAAACUCCUCAUUUAUCCCUCCCCCACUCCCCUUUCCCCUUUGGUAACCAUAGUUAGUUUUCAGUAUCUGUGAGUCUAUUUCUGUUCUGUAAAUGAGUUCAUUUGUAUCAUUUUCUUAGAUUCCACAUAAAAAUCAUAUCAUAUAUUUGUCUUUAUCUGACUUACUUCACUUAGUAUGAUAAUCUCUAGGUCCAUGCAUGUUGCUGCAAAUAGCAUUAUUUCGUUGUUUUUCACGGCUGAGUGAUAGUACAUUGUGUAUAUAUACCACAUCUUCUUUAACCAUUCAUAUGUUUAUGGGCAUUUAGGUUGCUUCCAUGUCUUGGCUAUUGUAAACAGUGCUGCUAUGAACAUUGGGUGCAUGUAUCUUGUCAAAUUAGAAUUUUCGCCUUUUCUGUAUAUAUGCCCAGUAGUGGGAUUGCUGGGUCAUAUGGUAGUUCCAUUUUUAGUUCUUUAAGGAACCUCCAUACUGUUCUCCAUAGUGGCUGCACCAAUUUACAUUCCCACCAACAGUGUAGGAGGGUUCCCUUUGCUCCACACCCUCUCCAGCAUUUAUUAUUUGUAGACAUUUUUUUAAAAAAUUUAUUUUUGGCUGUGUUGGGUCUUCAUUUCUGUGCGAGGGCUUUCUCUAGUUGCGGCAAGCGGGGGCCACUCUUCAUCGCGGUGCGCGGGCCUCCCACUAUCGCGGCCUCUCUUGUUACGGAGCACAGGCUCCAGAUGCGCAGGCUCAGUAGUUGUGGCUCACGGGCCUAGUUGCUCCGCGGCAUGUGGGAUCUUCCCAAACCAGGGCUCGAACCCGUGCCCCCUGCACUGGCAGGCAGAUUCUCAACUACUGCACCACCAGGGAAGCCCUGUAGACAUUUUUGAUGAUAGCCAUUCUGACCAGUAUGAGGUGAUAUCUCGUAGUUUUGAUUUGCAUUUCUCUAAUAAUUAGUGAUGUUGAGCAUCUUUUCAUGUGUCUGUUGGCCGUCUGUAUGUCUUCUUUGGAGAAAUGCCUAUUUAGGUCUUUUGCCCAUUUUUUGAUUGGGUUUUUUUUUUUAUUAUUGAGUUGUAUGAGGUGUUUGUAUGUAUAUUUUGGAAAUUAAUCCCUUGUCAGUUGCAUCGUUUGUAAGUAUUUUCUCCCAUUUCAUAGGUUGUCUUUUCAUUUUGUUUACAGUUUCCUGUGCUGUUAUCCAUUCUUUUUAAUGGACAAGAAUCAGGGAGUCACAUUUGGCUCUUGGCUCGAGCAACGGGGAGAAUGGCAGAGCCAUUUUGGUGGGUUAGAAAACGAAGGGAGGAACAGGUUUUGGGGUCAUAUCAAACCUGAUGCCAAGUGGACAUAUGCCCUGUGAAGGGCUCAGGGAGCAGUGGAGCUGGGUAUAAAAGUGUGGGAAUCGGUGAGCAGAGAAUGGAUGGUAUGUAAAUCCAUGGCAAUGGUCCCUGAUGCCAAGGAGGAGCCACACCUGGAGAAAGAGUGUGUGCUCUCCUGUUCUCCCCAGUCCCCACCUCUCCCUGUUGUCUCUCAACACUGGGUCUGAGUGUCCCCUGAUGUGGGCCUGCUUCAGUCACUCACAUUGCUGCCAGGUCAUUGAAGCUUUGUGCUUUGCAUUGUCAAGGGGUGUUCAGAAAAAUCACCCAAACUUGGAAUUAAGGCAGAAGGAGGCCAGCUUGUCAUCCCAACUUGUCAUCCCAGUGUCCCACUGGAAUAUUGUUAAGAGGACCACCCCAGGAUUGUUCUAUCACCUGGGGAAUACAUCUUUAUUCGACUUGCCAUUCACUACGUAUGUGUGUACAUAGUGUGUGUAUUACGUGUUCACUUGUGGAUUUUGGGCGCCCCCAUUGCUUGUGGUUUUACAGCCCUGUAGGGCAUUAACUAGUCUUGACUGUAGCCAGAGAACAGCACAUGAUCGCCCUGAUUAGUCUCAAUGUAACCUGACCAUUUCUUACCGGGAUCUCUCGCUGAGACUCUCCACCAGGAACUUUCAGGAACACCAGACUCUCUGCUCUCCAGAGCCAUGGUUCCUAUCUCCUCACUUAGGCCCAUGUACUCAGCCACUGCUUCCUUCCCCUGGGCUCCUGGCUAACGCCAGCACGGAUCCACACAGCUCUGGUAUGUUUGGGAAUUAUGACACUGUGCCCUGGAGGGGCUCUUUUUCCAUCCAUUGUGCUGGGUUCUUUCAUCCUGAACACUUGAGUUCUUCCUUCAACUCUGGAAAAUAUGCUUUUAUGAUUCCUUUGAUCACUUUCCCCUUUCCUUUUCUUUUCCCUCCUUUAGGAAUUCCCAAUAGUUGGAUGUUAGAUAUCCUGGAUUGAGCUUCUAGAUUUCUUUCCUCUCCCAUUUUCUUUUUUUUAAAAUUUAUUUUAUUGAAUUACAUUUGAUUUACAAUUUGUAUUAAUUUCUACUGUACAGCAAAGUGAUUCAGUUAUACAUACAAACAUGUAUAUAUACAUAUAUAUACAUUCUUUUUCAUAUUCUUUUCCAUUGUGGUUUUUUAAUGCAGUAUUGUCUUUAAUUAAGUACAAAGACUUCCGUUCGUGUUGCCUAGAGAUCAUUUUAUCCACCGCUCUGUUUGGCCGCCAGUCUCUUGUCUCUCUCCUCAGCACUGGUAAGGUGGAUACCCUUUCCAUGGGGAAGAGAGAUCCACGGUUUGUUGCCUUUGCCAAUAACGAAAAUGUUGGAGAGCCCAGUGGCAAAGCUGUUGCCAUUGGCAUCUUUCACAUGAACUACAUCAAAAGAACCAGGAUGUCUCUCCCUGUUGGUGAUCACACCAAUUCUUCCCAGUUAGCACCUCCAGUCACCAUGCACAGGUUACCAGUGUCAAAUUUGAUGAAAUCAGUAAUCUUGCCAGUCUCCAAAUCAAUCUGAAUGGUGUCAUUCACCUUGAUGAGGGGAUCAGUGUAGCCAAUGGUGAGAGCAUCAUGGUUCACCAGAUGAGGGAUUCCUUUUGUCCCCACAAAGAUCUUUCUCAUUUUGCACAACUUAUACUUCGCCUCCUCAGGUGUAAUAUGAUGAGCAGCAAAGCGAUCCUUGGUGUCAUAGAUCAGACAAAAAUUCUCUCGUCUUGUCAAUGCUGAUGACGUCCAUAAAACCAGCAGGGUAGGUUAUAUCAGUGCAGACCUUCCCAUCAAUCUUAAUGAAAUGCUGCAUGAAGAUUUUCUUUAGUUCAUCUCCUGUUAGGGCAUACUUAAGUCUGUUUCUUAGGAAAAUAAUUAGUGGGAGACAUUCCCUCAGCUCGUGGGGACCGGUAGAUGGACGAGGAGCAAACCCACCAGUUGGUUUAUCCAGCGUCCAAUGCUUUGGAGCUGCUACGCGCUCCAGGUGCUUCUUGGGACCACAAGCCAUGGCUGCGCUAGGCAUGAAAAGUGCUCCAUUGUGGUUUAUCACAGGAUAUUGAAUAGAGUUCCCUGUGCUAUGCAGUAGGACCUUGUUGUUUAUCCAUUCUGUAUAAAAUAGUUUGCAUCCCUACCCCAAACUCCCAAUCUAUCCCUCUCCCACCCCACCCUCCCCCUUGGCAACCACAAGUCUGUUCUCUAUGUCUGUGAGUCUGUUUCUGUUUUGUAGAUAAGUUCAUUCUGUGUCAUAUUUUAGAUUCCACAUGAAAGUGAUAUAUGGUAUUUGUCUUUCUCUCUCUGACAUACUUCACAUAGUAUGAUAAUCUCUAGGUCCAUACAGUUGCUGCAAAUGGCAUUAUUUCAUUCUGUAUGGCUGAGUAGUAUUCCAUCGUAUAUACGUACCACAUCUUUUUUUUUAGUUUAAUUUUUUAAUUUUAUUUUUUUAUACAACAGGUUCUUAUUAGUCAUCAAUUUUACACACAUCAGUGUAUACAUGUCAAUCCCAAUCGCCCAAUUCAUCACACCACCAUCCCCACACCCCCGCGGCUUUCCCCCCUUGGUGUCCAUAUGUUUGUUCUCUACAUCUGUGUCUCAACUUCUGCCCUGCAAACCAGUUCAUCUGUACCAUUUUUCUAGGUUCCACAUACAUGCGUUAAUAAACGAUAUUUUUCUCUUUCUGACUUACUUCACUCUGUAUGACAGUCUCUAGAUCCACCCACAUCUCAACAAAUGACCCAAUUUCAUUCCUUUUUAUGGCUGAGUAAUAUCCCAUUGUAUAUAUGUACCAAAACUUCUUUAUCCAUUCGUCUGUCGAUGGGCAUUUAGGUUGCUUCCAUGACCUGGCUAUUGUAAAUAGUGCUGCAAUGAACAUUGGGGUGCAUGUGUCUUUUUGAAUUAUGGUUUUCUCUGGGUAUAUGCCCAGUAGUGGGAUUGCUGGAUCAUACGUGUACCACAUCUUUAUCCAUUCAUGAUGGCUCUUCUGACCAGUGUUAGGUGGUCGCUCACUGUAGUUUUGAUUUUCAUUUCUCUAAUGAUGAGUGAUGUUGAGCAUCUUUGCAUGUGCCUGUUGGCCCGUCUGUAUGUCUUCUUUGGAGAAAUAUCUAUUCGGGUCUUUUGCCCAUUUUUCGAUUGGGUUGUUUGUUUUAUUGUAUUGAGUUGUAUGGGCUGGUUGUAUAUUUUGGAAAUUAAGCCCUUGCCAGUUGCAUCAUUUGCAAAUAUUUUCUCCCAGUCCAUAGGUUGUCUUGUCAUUUUGUUUAUGGUUUCCUUUGCUGUACAAAAGCUUGUAAGUUUGACUAGGUCUAAGUUUGAUCAGCUCACUUCCGGUUCAUCGCGCCCUCUGCUAAUUUAGUCAAUGCUCUUUCAUCAACCUCCAUCUGCCAAAGCUUUUCGAAUUCUCUUACAUGCUGAUAUCUCCUCCUACAUUAAUUCUGCCCUUAUGAGUGAUCAUCUUUUCAGUCCUGUCAGUACGGUGGUGCUUGAAAAGGAAACGAGAUAAAUGCAUGUCAUCAGUAUACCUUGUUUAACUGGAAGAUUAUUUCUUUUAAAAACCUAAUCCUACUGAUGUAAUAUUUAUUUUUUAAACUUUCUGAUAGAAGAAAAACUAAGUAAAUGUCUUCUAGUGAUCUCUAGUUUUAUUGCUUCAAAGUACAGAAUGUGGGCCAAACUUUUUUUUUUUUUGCGGUACGCGGGCCUCUCACUGUUGUGGCCUCUCCCGUUGCAGAGCACAGGCUCCGGACGCGCAGGCUCAGCGGCCAUGGCUCACGGGCCCAGCCGCUCCGCGGCAUGUGGGAUCUUCCUGGACCGGGGCACGAACCCGUGUCCCCUGCAUCGGCAGGCAGACUCUCAACCACUGUGCCACCAGGGAAGCCCCCAAACUGUUUCUUUGGCCAGCUUUUUCAGCUUUUCAUUUCUCGACACAUGCAGUCAGCUUUGGGUGAUGUUCUAAGUAUACGUGAAAGAAGGUGUGUUCUCUCUAGGGUAAGAGCUUGAUGUAUCCCUGCUUAUUAAACCUUAUUAAUUAUUAAAACCCUCUGGGUUCUUAUUGCCUCCUUGAUCUAUCAUAAGCUAAUAACGGUGAGGUGUUAGUCUCAGACGCAACUGUAUUUUUGUCGAUUUUUUUCUUUUGCAUUUCCAGCGGUUUUUGCUUUCUACUUGAUGCUCCUUAAUCCACAUAUGGAAGUUCAUGGGUUUUGUACCUUCAUUACAAAUGCCUGUCAACAUGAAAUGAUUUUUCUGUUCCAGUCAUUGCUGUUUCCUUGAAUUCUAUGUUUACAGGGCAUCACCUCAGCAGAGGGACCAGUUUGGGAACCAGGGUCAGUGGUGCGGAAGCACUGAGGUGGCCCACGGGUUUGGCAAUGAGGCAGUGGAGGUGGGAAAGGCAAGCCAGGCUACAGAGGGCUGGGGAAAGGGCGGGAGGCCGGAGGCGGAGAUGGCAAGUCCCUGCAGGCAGUAAGUACGCUUUAAAAAAGGUUGUCUGAAGUGUAGAAAACCCAGCCUGGAGAGCAGGUGGAGACCUGGUAUUUUAAAUGCUGUGAGAAGGAGGGGCAGGGCCUAAAGAGUUAGGAGUGAUGAAAGCAAGGGGCGGCCAGGGGCUGCCUCGGGAAGGAAUGGGGGUCCUCUCCUCUCCUGUGGCUGCUUUGGGGAAGGAAGCAAGGUGAGAGCUGGGGCGCCUGGCUGGCGGUGAGCCGGGGUGGGGUCGAGGGUCACCGCCGCCGUCUUCCCGCAGUGGGCUAGGGGGCUGGCUCUUGGAGCAGGGAGAGCGUCUGGCUGGGAGGUCCGAGAAGAGUACGGGUUUGGCUGAACCACGGUGGCGAACAGGGCAGGGAGUCCUUGCUGAGAGGGGAGACGGGAACCCACAAGGGCACGGUCUGAAAUGGGUUUGUUUUUUUUUUCCUGCAGUGCUCACCUGUCCCCUGUGCAGGGUGCAACUGAAGGGGCUCAGGCGCUGGCUUGUUCCCAACAGAGGCCCUGGGUUCAGCCUUGCAGGUGGGUCUGGGCCAUGAGUUAGGGCUUCUCAGGUAUCAGAGGCUUGGGUUUAAGUCUAGCUCAGCCAUGAUCUGCUGGUGGCCCUGGACCACCUCCUUCCCUCCUGGAGUAGGAUUUCAGGGGCUGGGGAAGCAGAGUCUGGCAGGAGCUGGUGUCUGCUGUAGGGAAAUGCAGGGGCCAAGCUCUGGGAGCCUAGAAAGUCCACGCUUGUCAGAGCGAGGGGGAGGGAGAGACCCCAGCCCGGAAGAGGACGGGCAAUCCCAGAUCAUGCAGGGUCUCCCCGACCACAACUGCCACCAGGGUGAACCGAGUGCUGGUAACGAACAGUAUCAGGCCACGAUGCAGGAGUCACUCCUGGAAAAGCUCCUGAGACACAGCUGAAUGGAGAGGCGAGUCAGGCUUAAAAUAGCUAAAUAAAUCUUUAAUAUUUCUAAUUGCAAAUGUACAGAAAUUGCACAGCCACACAGUCUUAGAACACCAACAACUUUCUCUGUACAUUAUUACAUAGUUAGAGUCACAACUGGAGGGAGGCGCUCCAGCCAAGACGCCAACAUUUGCAUUUUUUCCUUUUCACAUACUUACAAAAGGCGGGGCAGGGAGGUGGAAUGGGGGCUGGGGGCGGCUUGGGGGAAUGUGUAGAAAAGAGGGGCCGUUUCCCUGGACGGUCUGCCUUCCGCAGACGGCCGGGGCGGGAGGGGGAGAGGUGUACCCUGGGGCAGAUGCUCUGCGGGGUGUGGAGGGGGGGGGGUGCCUGGAGCUCUGGCCCUGGUUCCCCACCCCCAUUCGGGGCGGGCGGAAAGAGUCUCCACUUACAGGAAGUUUGACCGUUUCCUUCACCCUAAACAUAAAAGUUAAGCAAAAUGUCAGGCCUCCCUGUGUUGGCAGGAGAGGGGAGGGGAGAGCCUUCCCCAGCAGGGCUGGGCCUGGGUCUCCCCGAGCAGGGAAUGCCUUCCUUCCUCCUCUCUCAGGGACGCGGGUUCAGUGUGACCCAGGCAGGUCACACGUCCCCACCAGCCAGAGAGCACGCUGCACAGCCGACAGAUAAAAUGCCACGGGCAGGGAAAAACCCAUCACCCAAAUCCACAACCUCUGCCUCCUGCCCAGCACUGUUCUCUAGAUUAAAAAUAAAAUAAAAACCGUCGGAGAGCAGCGGUCCCGGGCAGCCCUCGGCAGCACCAGGACUAAAGGACUAUGUACAACCAUUAGGUGAAAUAGUUACAUUACAGUCAAACACCAAGAACAUUUACAAAAAUCGUCAGACUUGCAAUUCAGAUAAAAAUCUGGGAAGAGUCUGUACACUUUUACAGUUUUUGCACUAAGUAAAUAAGGCUCUCGGCCUGAGAGCUCCCAACCCAGGCCAGGGGCCGCCAGCACCGGCCACCGCUGGCCUCCUGAGCCCGGCUGUCCAGGCCCUGGGAACCUCCCCCCUGUAUUGCUAAGAGGCGCUCAGUCCGAGGUUGCUCAAUGAGGCAUCGGCGGGGCCGGGGGCGGGGGGGUGAGAGGGAACCAGAGGAGGACUUCACGGGGCCAGGCCCUGCCUGUGUGGCCAGAGGAGUGAGGCAAGGCCUCCGCCCCCAUGACCUGCCUUCCUGAGGUCUGUGACCCUUGGGGGUCCUGCCCUCUCCCCACAAGCGGGUCUCUGGGCUAACUGGUUUCACC